AGCCAGACCAUAAAAUUUUGUGCUCCAAGAGAGAAGGAUGAAAGUAUGGCAGCUCAUUCUGUUUGGUGUUUUGGUUCACCUAGUGCUGUUCUACUCCAUCUUUGACAUCUACUUCACUUCUCCUCUUGUGCACGGGAUGACGCCAGUGUCUCCCCCCACCAGAAAGCCGGCCAAGCGAUUGGUCCUGUUUGUCACCGACGGCCUGAGAGCUGACAAGUUUUUUGAGCUGGAUGAAGACGGGAAGACCCGCGCCCCUUAUCUCAGGGACGUCAUCGAGCACAGAGGUGUCUGGGGAAUUUCCCACACCCGCGUGCCCACCGAGUCACGGCCAGGCCAUGUCGCGCUGAUCGCUGGCUUCUACGAGGAUGUCAGCGCUGUGGCAAAGGGUUGGAAGGAGAACCCUGUUGAGUUUGAUUCUGUCUUCAACGAAAGUCGUCACACAUGGUCCUGGGGCAGUCCAGAUAUUCUACCAAUGUUUGCUAAAGGUGCUAGUGGAGACCAUGUGAGCACCAGCUGUUACCCUGCUGACCUGGAGGACUUCGCGGGUUCCGACAUGACUCGUUUGGACACUUGGGUCUUUGAUCAAGUGGAGGAAUUUCUCAAGUCUGCGUCUCUCAACGAGUCUCUGUCAGCUGAGCUCAAGAGGGAUAAGAUUGUAUUUUUCUUGCACCUUUUGGGGAUAGACACACAUGGACAUUCCAACAAACCACAUUCUAAAGAAUACUUGAAUAACAUUAAGCUAGUAGAUAAAGGCAUCUCUAAGAUGGUGUCAACAUUCCGAGAUUUCUACCAGGACGACGGAGAGACAGCGUUUGUGAUGACGGCUGAUCAUGGGAUGACAGACUGGGGUUCUCAUGGAGCCGGGCAUGCUCAAGAAACUUUGACUCCGUUUGUAGCAUGGGGUGCUGGAGUACGUAGUCCGGUGAAGUCGGCGAACUGUGGCGUGUACACAGACUCUUUCUGUGCAGACUGGAAACUUGAGGAUGUGCAGAGAUCAGACAUGGAACAGGCUGACGUAGCAACACUGAUGUCUCAUCUGGUUGGAAUUCCUUUUCCCGUCAAUUCUGUGGGACGACUGCCCGUCGAUAUUCUCAAUGCCUCUCGUGGAGAGAAGGCCGAGGCACUGCUUGCCAAUGCUGAACAAAUCCUGGCGCAGUUUCAAGUGAAGAUGGAUCAGAUCAAAGAUCGCACCAUCGCUGCAACGUUCAGGCCAUUUCAGGAACUGAUUGAGGCUGAGAAGCUCCAAAGUUUGAAGCACAUACGGAAGCUCAUCCAUGGAGGACAGUAUGAAGAUGCAGUGUCAGAGACUCAUCUUCUGAUUGACAAAGCUUUGCAAGGACUUCGCUACUACCAGACAUACGACCGCGUAUUUCUCGGCAUCAGCGUGGUCUUCGGGUUCCUGGGCUGGGUGUGCUACGUGCUGUACCUGGUGGUUCUCGAGCACACUGCUGUGGGUCAGGCCAGCGCCAGGAUAACCGCUGGUCACUCGGAGGGACACACUAGACUUCUUCUGUUUGGCUCCAUGGCUCUCAUCAUCUGUAUUUUGUUGGCAGUGCAAUCUCUCCACAUGAUGUGCUACGUUUACUGCCUCAUGCCUGUGUUGUUGUGGUACAAGGCCUGCCAAGGCCUGCGACUGCUACAGUACACUGUGCGAUGGACGCUGGCAAACAGACAGUUGGGACGUUUUGUCUUGUCAGUCGUCGUCAGUGCUGCUGGUCUGGAGAUAAUAGUCCUGAGCUUCUAUUACAGACAGCUGCUCUCUGUGGGUCUACUAGCCAUGUCCCUGUGGCCCAUCAUCCAGUCCAGAGGUCAAGGAAGGGUCAUGGGGCGGCCCUGGAUUGCUGUCGGCUGGUCUCUCACAUGCACGCUGGUGGGAAUGUUCCCUUUGAUGCCUGUGGUCGGAAGGGAGACGAGAUAUGCGUUGGUGACAUCCAGUGGUCUCCUUGCUGUGUUUAUUGGUGCUCUAAUCCUUUACAGGGUGUCAUUUUCAAGACAUUUCAAGAUUCUCUGUGGUUUCCAGCUGAUGCUGAUAGCUGUGUCAGUCCUGACGGUCAAGCUGACAUCUGAGAGUAUCGCUGACAGGCAGGGACUGCCCUGGUUCUGUCAGCUCUGUAGCUGGUUGGUGCUGGGUUGCUGCCUACCUGUGGCCCUGUUCAGCCCCACAUGUCUGCGUGAUCGUCUGCUCUCUCUGUCUGCCGCCCUCCUAGCCCCAUAUAUCCUGCUCAGUAUAACAUACGAGGGUAUGUUCAUCCUGUCUCUCCUGGCUCUUUUGUACUUCUGGUUACAGAUGGAGCACACAGAGUCCCUUGUUGCCAGGCGACAGGUGUUUCAGAAUGUGGACUUCAAACAAGAUGGCUUGAUCAAAGACGAUAUAUCAUCAGCCACAUUUUCCCGCCAUUUGGAGCUGUCGGACCUCAGAAGGGCUUUCUAUUUUAUAUUUCUGAUCUUGACUGCGUUUUUUGGGACAGGAAAUAUUGCCAGCAUCAACAGCUUUGACCCGGCCUCGGUCUACUGCUUCCUGACCGUGUUCAAUCCUUUCCUGAUGGGAGCCCUCAUGAUGCUCAAGAAUAUGAUUCCCUUCCUGCUGGUGACGUGUGCUUUCCGCGGUGUGCAGGUCUUGACGCACACACCCCUACGCUCCCUCUUCCUCAUCGUGCUGAUCAUGUCAGACUUUAUGGGCUUGCAUUUCUUCUUCCUGGUCCGCGACUACGGUAGCUGGCUGGAGAUUGGUUCCUCCAUCAGCCACUACGUCAUUGUCAUGGUGAUGAUCAUCUUCCUCCUCCUCCUCACCGGCGUCUCUCACGUUCUCACCUGCUGGAGAGUUCCACUACCCACGCAGAGACACAAGAUGCUCUAACUGUUCUCAGAUGUAUCACGGAAUAUUGGGGACUUUUGGAGAACACCAUGCAUGGGACAUAUUGCUGAUUCAUUGGUAACUUCAGGAGAACACAUUUUGUAGAUAUCGCUGAUAUAUCAAUAUCUUCUAGAAAAACACCCUUGGACAUUUCACCAUAUGUUAAUAACAUCCAGAGACCACCUUUGGACAAAUUACCUAUAUGUUGGCAAUUUGAACAAGGUCCAAAGUUCGUUUUAUUAUUGCCAUUUUAUGACUUUUCUAACAUCAAUGAACAUCAAUAUUUAAUUACCUUGCCAUUGAUAUAUAACUACCUCUACAACUAUAAUGUUGACUGCACAAUCUGUAAACGUCAUUUUAUUUCCAUACCCUUAAACUGCUUCAUAUCAUCAUCAUCACUAUCAAGGCCUUUUCAUCCCUGGCCGGGUAUAGGCCACAUACAAGCUCCUUCCAUUUAUCUCUGUCCUGGGCCAUCCUUCCAAGCUCGUUUCAAGUGAGCUUCAUCUCUCUCAUGUCCCUUUCCACUCAUGUCGUCCAUGUUUCUUGUGGCCCACCCCUGCCUCGUGCUCCCUGUGGGUUCCGCUGCAGUGACGGUCUUGUGAUGUUUCCGCUGGGCUUUCUUAAGGUG